GUGGUCACCACUGGCUGCUCUUAAAUCCGGCCGAGAAGGCAGGGUCAGUAUGAUUCCCACGGGAGCCCUGGGAAGACGAAGAGGGGGCUCUUCCUGUUGCUCCCCACCUGAGGGGCGAUGAUGGCCAGACCCUGGCAGGUUCCCCAGCUCCUGCUGGCCAUCUUGGUGGCCCUUUUGGCUGUCACUCAACAGUCACGGAGGAGAAGCUUUGUGACUGUCUAUGAGGUUUCCGCGGUGGAGGAGCCCGUGUUGGGGUGCUUGCGGUUUGUUACCAAUGAGUACAACAAGCAGAGUGACGACAAGUACAACUUCAGGAUCAUUCGGAUCCUAAGGAUCCUCAAACAGGUGACAGAUCACUUGGAAUAUCACAUGAACGUGGAAAUGUGGAGGACCACCUGCCUAAAGCUGGACCCCAAGCCCUGUGACUUCCAACAAGGCGAGCUCUACAAGCACAUUCAGUGCUUCUUCGCUGUAUUUGCUGACCCUUGGAUUGAGAAGUUCAAAAUCCUGAAGCAAAACUGCAGCAGCAUAUGAGUGUGAGGUCGUACACCUGCCGCUGCCGUACGGCAGAGUGUCCCGGAGAGAGCAGGGGCCCUGACCCAGACAAUAAAGGUUUGUCCACCUGCUCUUCUAAGGA